GAGGACAUCAUAUGACGUCCUCCCAUUCUCACUGCGCAUGCGCGGCUCAGGGAGCGCGCAGCGCGGCAAUCGGCGGUGCGCUGUCCCUCGGACACAGCGGAUCACUGAUCACGGAAAGAGCUGAAGAUGUCGGCUCGGUCACGUGAUCAGCUGUGUCCAAUCACAGCUGAUCCCAUCUGUCACGCUGUGUGCCCUGAUGAUCAGUGUAGCCCCAGCAAUGCCACCUGUCAGUGUCCAUCAGUGCCUUGUGUCAGUGCUCAUCAGUGCCACAUCAAUGCCGCAUAUCAGUGCCUACCAGUGCACAUCAAUGCCACAUAUCAGUGCCCAUCUGAGCUGCCUUUUAGUGUCACCCAUCAGUGCCAGUCAGUGCCACCUAUCAAUGCCAAUCAGUGCCACCUAUCAGUGCUGCCAAUCAGUGCAACCUAUCAGUGCCGGUCAGUGCCGCCUAUCAGUGCCAGUCAGUGCCGCCUAACAGUGCCAGUUAGUGCCGCCUAUCAGUGCCAUGUAUCAGUGCUGCCUUUCAGUGCCCAUCAGUGAUGCCUGUCCAUGCCCAUCAGUG